AUAUUCAAUUAAAGAGGCGUUCAGCCGAUAAGAUAACCAUUUUUAUCGCCGCCGAUGGGUUCCACAAGCCGAUCACGAUUCUACCAAGCAUGAUCGGACUGAGAAGGCUUCAAGCAGAUCUCAACCAUGCUACGAACAAUGCGGGCUGCGAGGCUCGCAUCCCAAAUACGUCCGUCAUGUUCAACAUGUAGAAGCGCUCAGCGGCCGUCGGGCGUUCGCGCCCUCGCCACCAUCGUCACCCCCAAAUCAAGGGAACCGACGGAACUCGACAAGAUUACCACUUUGCCCAAUGGAGUUCGAGUGGCUUCCGAGGACCUCCCAGACGCCUUCUCUGGCGUCGGUGUCUACAUUGACGCCGGGUCUCGGUACGAGAACGAGUACCUCCGUGGCACGAGCCAUAUAAUGGACCGGUUAGCCUUCAAGUCGACAGAGAACCGCUCUGCCGACGAUAUGCUGGAAGCAGUCGAGCAGCUGGGGGGGAACAUCCAGUGUGCAUCAUCAAGAGAGUCGAUGAUGUACCAGGCUGCGACCUUCAACUCGGCUAUCCCGACGACGAUCGGAUUACUUGCGGAAACCAUCCGGAACCCGAGUCUCACCGACGAGGAGAUACAGCAGCAACUCGAAACGGCCGAGUACGAGGUGAAGGAGAUCUGGUCCAAGCCAGAGCUGAUACUGCCAGAGCUCGUCCAUAUGGCUGCCUUCAAAGACAACACGCUGGGCAAUCCGCUGCUCUGCCCGAAGGAGAGGCUGGGUGUCAUCAACAGGGACGUCAUCCAGGCCUACAGAGACACUUUCUAUAGGCCGGAGAGGAUAGUUGUCGCAUUUGCCGGCGUGCCCCACACCGAAGCUGUGAAGCUGACGGAGCAAUACUUUGGCGACAUGAAGGCCUCGGAACGUCCGGCCCUGUCCAGGACGGGAUCCGAGACGUCCAUCGAGUCACCUGCAUCGGAAAGCAGCGGAACAUCGGAAGCAUCGCUGUCGGAUGCUUCGACGACAUCUUCGCCUCCUACCCCCCAGCAGCCGUCCAAGCUGUUAUCCAAGAUACCCUUCUUCAAGAACCUCUCCACCUCGGCCGCCAACAAGGCUUCCGUUCUCCCCUCGGCCCCGACCCCGGUCACUACCGAUGACCUCCACAGGCCAGCCCACUACACGGGCGGGUUCCUCUCGCUGCCCCCGCAGCCGCCGCCGCUCAACCCCAACCUCCCCACCUUCACCCACAUCCACCUCGCCUUCGAGGGCCUCCCCAUCUCGUCGGACGACAUCUACGCCCUCGCGACGCUGCAGACGCUCCUCGGCGGGGGCGGCUCCUUCUCGGCCGGCGGGCCGGGCAAGGGCAUGUACUCGCGGCUGUACACCAACGUGCUCAACCAGCACGGCUGGGUCGAGUCGUGCGUCGCCUUCAACCACAGCUACGCCGACUCGGGCCUCUUCGGCAUCGCCGCCUCGUGCUACCCGGGCCGCACCGCCAAGAUGCUCGACGUCAUGUGCCGCGAGCUGCGCGCCCUGACGCUCGACACGGGCUUCUCGGCCCUCGGCCCCGUCGAGGUCGCCCGGGCCAAGAACCAGCUGCGCAGCAGCCUGCUGAUGAACCUCGAGAGCCGCAUGGUCGAGCUCGAGGACCUCGGCCGCCAGGUCCAGGUCCACGGCCGCAAGAUCCCCGUCCUCGAGAUGACCCGCCGCAUCGCCGACCUCUCCGUCGCCGACCUCCGCCGCGUCGCCUCCGAGGUCCUCGGCGGCCUCGCCGGGAACCCGGGCCGCGGGAGCGGCGCCCCGACCGUCGUCCUCCAGGAGGCCCAGGUCCACGGCGGAGGCGCGAGCGCCCGGCAGCUCGGGUGGGACGAGAUCCAGGAUAUGAUCUACCGCUGGCAGCUGGGGCGGCGGUGAGGGGGAGGCAGACCCAGUAAUCAGCCCCCGUUUUGGAACUUUGUUAUUGUAAGUCAACAUUUCGGGAAGAUUGAGGGGGAGGGGAGGUUUAUCACGGAAUGGGAUAUAGAAGGGUUGUAUCAAAAUACAAUGUCCGUUCACAUUUGUAAAUAUAGACUCUCUCUGUUGUACAGUAGAAGAAAAGACAGUUACACCAAGAACCCCAUACCAUGGAAAA